AUGUCUACCUUAUUCAGGAGGCCGUCUAGAGCAUAUCCCGCAAGGCCGGAAGUCUUUCGAGAUAUCUCGAGGGUUUCAGGGCUUAAAUUAUCUACCUUAGCACGGGUCAACUGCCCGGUGGCAACACGGUCUGUCUCCCGCUACAGCGAGGCACCUUGGCCUACAAACGAUCCACGAUUCCACAGUGUCGAUCAGUCGAGCAGUCGAUCAUCCCUCUUUCCCCCGCCCUCGCCCCCUUCCACGUCGAAAAAUCAACAAACCCUACUACGUGCUACUAGAAAUCAGGUCCGGCGUAAGGGCUCCCGAACUGCGUACGACAGUAUUAUACCAAGUCACUUAACGUACAGAAAGCCCAUCUGGGUGGACCGUGGGACCAUGGGUCGCAGUGACCUGAGUGCUGGUCGCCGGGCCGCUAAAAAGUCGCUACAAAACAGGCACAGGAAGAGUGAGCGACACGGCAUGACACAGACACGACGUAUGAUCUGA